AUGUCUGAAAAAUCCGCAGCAGAUUAUAAAAACUUGGGAAACCAAGCAUUAAAAUCCAAAAAUUAUCAAGAUGCUAUAGAUAAUUAUACAAAAGCAAUUGAAAUUGAUCCAGAAGAUCCAAUUUUUUAUGCAAAUAGAGCCCAUGUUGAAAUUCAAAUUGAAUUAUAUGGUUCAGCAAUUUUAGAUGCUACUAGAGCAAUUGAAUUAGAUCCAAGUUACCUCAAAGCUUAUUAUCGUCGUGCAGUUGCUAAAUCAAGAUUAUUAAAACAUAAAGAAUCAACAGAAGAUUUAAAUAUAAUUUUAAAAUUAAAACCUGAUGAUAAGAAUUCUAAGGCUUUAUUACAAGAAUUAAAUAAAUUGAUUAGGAAAUUAGCAUUUGAAAAAGCUAUUCAAGUUGAUGAUGAAGAUUUUUUCAAAAUUGAUAUAAGAAAUUUUCAAAUUGAUGAUGGUUAUAAAGGUCCAUUAAUUAAAUUUAAUGAUGAAGAGGAAAUUAAAUUUGAUAUUGACCAAGAAUUUAUUUUGGAAUUGAUUGAUUUUUUUAAGAAAGGUGGUAUAUUACCUAAAAAAUAUGUUUAUGCAUUAUUAAUUAAAAUCAAUGAAAUUUUGAAUAAUGAAUCUGCAUUUAUGGAGAUAUCAAUGGAUCAUAAAGAUAAAAAUUUUAUAAAUGUUGAUAAGUUUACCAUUGUGGGUGAUACACAUGGACAAUUUUUUGAUUUAAUUAAUUUUUUCUCACAAAAUGGUUAUGUUUCAGAUUUUCAUGGAUAUUUAUUUAAUGGAGAUUUUGUUGAUAGAGGUAGUUGGUCAUGUGAAGUUAUAAUUUUAUUAUAUUUUAUUAAACUAGUUUUCCCAAAUAAAAUUUAUUUAAAUAGAGGGAAUCAUGAAACAAAUGAUAUGAAUAAAGUUUAUGGAUUUGAAGAUGAAUGUAAAUAUAAAUAUGGUGAAAAAAUUUUUAAAAUUUUCAGUAAAACUUUUGAAAAUUUACCAUUAAUUACAAUGUUAAAUAAUGAUUAUUUAAUUAUGCAUGGUGGGUUGUUCUCAAAACCUGAUAUUACCCUUGAAGAUAUAAGAAACAAAGUCACCAAGAAACCAAACCCUAAAGAAGGUAUGGAAAUGGAAUUAUUAUGGACAGAUCCACAAAAAGAAGAUGGAUAUGGUAUGAGUAAAAGAGGUAUUGGUAUUCAAUUUGGACCAGAUAUUACAAAAGCAUUUUUAGAGUUGAAUAAUUUAAAGGGUAUAAUACGUAGUCAUGAAGUUAGAAUGGAUGGAUAUGAAAUUGAACAUGAUGGUAAAUUAAUAACUAUUUUCAGUGCACCAAAUUAUUGUGAUUCUACUGGUAAUUUAGGUGCUUUAAUUAAUGUUGAUAAAAAGGGGGAAUUAGAAUUUAAACAAUUUAAAGCAGUUGAACAUCCACCAAUGAAACCAAUGGCUUAUACAAAUAGUUCAUUUGGAUUUUAG